GUUUGGAUUCUUGGAAUUGUGAGUAGGGAAAGGGAAAUGAUUAGUAGCAUAAAUUUAACCCCUUGUUUCAUACGAGGGAAAUGGAUAUGGGGAGGGUUUAGAAAAGGAAAAUAGGUACCUCAUAUCCCACUCGUUUCAAACCCACAAGAGGAGAUGGGUUUAGACAGGGAAAUGAAGGAUGGACGUUGCUUGCCCAUCCGUCGGAGUCGGAAAGAUCCGGAUGCUGGUCGAUGCAGGCUCCUGCCGACGCUCCAAGUCAGCUCCCAAGCGAUGCCCUCCAUUGGCAUGCUCGCCGCCCGCCGCCUCACCGUCUGCUGCGAUUCAUGUUCUCUGCCACCCACUAAAGUAAAUAUCAGACUCUUCGAUCUACACAAACUCCAUAACUUCCCUGGCUGGAGAUGGAAAGAUGUCCAGAAGACACUGAGUAGUCACAAGAAGACUAAGGUGUCAAUUCUGAUAUAUGAUGAAAAGAAGGUAGCGCUUGAUGCUUUGGCUGCUGAACUGGAGCUUACGCACUUUUAUGAGAUGCCACAUCCAUCACAGCCAACGACCUGAAUUCACGGUGACGACAGACACAAGCCUGUUGGGCACAAUUAAAUACGCAAGAUACAAAUCUAUACAUACACGAAAGCUUGUGCAAAUGUCGAGCUUAUAUAGGAUGGAUCUGGAUUUUGGGUUUUGAUGGGGUGGAUAAGUGGCUAGCGAUGGCUGUUCUUUUUUUUUUGGUUGAAUUGUGGGAUGGUUUUUCUUGUGUACGACAUGAAUGGUAAUAUCUGCAUGGUGCCGUGAUAUGCAUAUUAACCCCUUGGGGGAGAUAUGGCAGUCAUUUUGGUGAAAGCUUGAAAAGUUGUUUUGGUUGAAUGGUAAGUCAUAAUAAAA